AUUUCUUUAAUCGAGUAGUCCGGUGUAAGGAACUUUUCUUUAAAACUGCUUACUUUGAGACUGUCCGAAAAUGACUGGUAGAGCGCGAGCUAAAUCAAGAGGCAGGGCACGUGGUCAAGAGACUACAGCACCUGGAGCGUCCUUGGCUCAAGGAGACUCAGCUCCCCCACCUGAUCAGGGACAGCUGGUCGGAAGAGGGAGACAAAGUGCUCCUGGUCACUUUUCGGCAGAAGCUGUUCUACAGAUUUCAGCCGGAUUUCAACAGGUGAAGCUUGGAGAAAGGGGUGGACGCCGCAGAGAUUAUAAUGAUGGAGGGGUUAACACCAGGAUGGCUAUGGAGCAUGUUAAGGAAUCAAAGUCUGGAACAUCUGGUGAAGCCAUCCGGUUGUCGGCAAACUUCUUCCGCAUCCUGUCCCGCCCUCAGUGGGUGCUGUAUCAGUACCAUGUGGACUUCAACCCACCAAUGGAGGCCUGUCGCCUGAGAUCUGCACUCUUAUACCAGCACGAGGAAACGCUUGGCACAGCACGGAGCUUUGAUGGAGCUCUGCUGUUCUUGCCUAAAAGAUUGCAGAACAAGGAGACUUUGCUCCACAGUGAGACGAGGAUGGGAGAAAAGGUACAGAUCACUGUCACUCUGACAAAUGAACUGCCACCGACAUCUCCGGUGUGCAUUCAGUUUUACAACAUCAUAUUCAGAAGGAUCCUGAGAAUGCUUGACAUGCAGCAGAUUGGGCGCAACUACUACAACCCCAAGGAUCCACUCAACAUCCCACAGCACAGGCUCACCAUCUGGCCAGGCUACACCACAACCAUCCUGCAGUACGAGUCUGCCAUAAUGCUGUGCACUGACGUGAGCCACAAGGUCCUGCGUAGUGAGACGGUGCUGGACUUCAUGGUCAACCUGAGGCACAAGACUGGAGAUGAGCGAUUCAUUGACAUCUGCGGCAAGGAGCUGAUUGGUCUCACAGUCCUCACCAAGUACAACAACAAGACCUACAAGAUCGAUGAUAUCGCAUGGGAUCACACUCCUAUGAACACAUUCACAAAGGCAGACAAAGAAGUCUCCUUCAAGGACUACUACAAGUCUCAAUACAGCCUGGACAUCUGUGAUAACAGCCAGGUGCUGCUGAUUAGCAAUGUGAAGAGGAUGGGGCCCGCUCAAGGCCCUCCUCCUGGCCCGGCCAUGCUCAUCCCAGAGUUCUGCUUCCUUACAGGCUUGACUGACAAGAUGCGAGCUGACUACACCAUCAUGAAGGACUUGGACAAACACACCAAAUUGGAACCACAACAGAGAGAGUCGCGCCUCAACAAAUUUGUCUCCACUUUGCAUAUGAACACUGAUGCACAGGCGGAGUUGGACAAGUGGGGACUCAGCUUUGACAGGGAACUCCUGAAAAUGACUGGCCGAGUCCUCCCGGGGGAGAGGAUUUUCCAGGGAUCUAGAUCGUACGAGUUCAACCCCAUGAUGGCUGAAUGGGCCAAAGAGAUGCGUGGCGUGCCUAUCAUCAACUCUCCUCCGAUUGACAAGUGGUUCAUGUUUCACACCCGGCGUAACGCCAACGAAGCGAUGUCCCUUAUGCAGACACUCGGCAAAGUCUCCGCUCCCCUCGGGAUCCGCAUGCAGAAAGCCGUCAUGAUCGAGUAUGAUGACCAAUCAGCGUCUCUCCUCAGAGCCCUGCAGCAAAACGUGACACCCCAAACACAGAUGGUGGUGGUGGUCCUCUCCAGCAACAGGAAGGAUAAGUAUGACUCCGUCAAGAAGUACCUCUGUGUGGACUGCCCCACCCCCAGCCAGUGUGUGGUGGCCCGGACCCUCAGCAAACCCCAGGCACUCAUGACCAUAGCUACCAAAAUUGCUCUGCAGAUGUCUUGCAAGAUUGGAGGAGAGCUCUGGAGCGUGGAAAUCCCUCUCAAACAGCUGAUGAUUGUGGGCAUCGACUGUUACCAUGACAUCUUGGCCGGGAACAGGUCCAUUGGAGCUCUGGUGGCCAGUCUCAACCAGAGCAUGAGCAGGUGGUAUUCAAAGUGUGUGCUGCAGCACAAAGGGCAGGAAAUCAUGGACGGACUCAAGAUGGCCUUGUGUGGUGCUCUGAAAGACUACAUGAAGUUCAACAACUGCCUGCCUUCGCGCAUCAUUGUGUACCGAGACGGGGUGGGAGACGGCCAGCUGCACAGCGUGGUCGACUACGAGGUGUCACAGAUCCUGGACUGCAUCAAGUCCAUGGGGCACGACUACCUGCCCAAGCUGACUGUGGUGGUGGUGAAGAAGCGCAUCAGCUGCAGGUUGUUCAGCCUCGUCACUGGGAAGGUCACCAACCCCCCCCCAGGCACUGUGGUGGACUCAGUCAUCACCCGUCCAGAGUGGUAUGACUUCUACAUCGUGAGCCAGUAUGUCCGCUUUGGCAGCGUUGCCCCGACCCACUACAACGUAGUGUACGACAGCAGCGGCCUGAAGCCUGACCACAUGCAGCGGCUCACCUACAAGAUGUGCCACAUGUACUACAACUGGCAGGGGAUCAUCAGGGUGCCCGCUCCGUGCCAGUACGCCCACAAGAUGGCCUUCCUGGUGGGCCAGAGUAUCCACAGGGAGCCCAGCAUGAAGCUGGAUGACCUGCUCUUCUAUCUGUAGUGAGGAGGAAGAAGAAGAAGAAGAGGAAGGGCGAGCGUUUUGUUCUGCUCUGACGUUUAAGUUGCCUUCUGAAGGAAAGGCAUGGUUGUGUUUAAGUUUUGCCAAAGCAGUUUUUUUACAUUUUGUAACCUUGUGUAUUGAUUUACGCAGUUCAUGUUCACAUUUGAUAAUGUUCUAAUAAACAUUUUAGUUGUUA